AUGAGGAACCUCAAGAAAUCCCGAGAUGGAGUUGAAGCGGAUUCUUCUUCUAUCACUACCUUACCAGACGAAAUCCUCCUCCAAAUAUUAAACAGAUUAAUCGAUCUGAAAACCCUUUGCUUUUGUUAUCUCGUUUCAAGACGCUUCUCCUCGAUUGUACUUCAAGUCGAUACCAUUUCCUUCACUGCUCCACUCAUAAACCCUCCCAUUCCCGAUAAGAACACCGUCGGUGAUGUUUCCCCAAGAGUGAAGUCCUUAUUUGUCGAACUUCCGACUUCCAGUGAGAUAGGUAUUGAUAAUCGUUGUUUGUUCAAGUGGAAGGUUAAGUUUGGGAAUAGAAUCGAAUCGUUUAUGUUUCUGUGGCCGAAUUCAAUUUCUGAUCAGGAUGGAUUCUAUCUUAAUGGAAACGAGGAUGAUGAAGAAGACAUCGAGUUAACAUGUGAUCUAUCUAGGCAGAAAUUUCGCAUUUCAUGUCAGUGUCUGGAGGAUGUGGUGGUGAGGCAUAAGAUGUCGUUGUUCUUCAUCAAGAGUCUACCAACAUUGGAAAAGGUUUCCAUUACUGAUUCAGGGAGAAGUGGGGAAUUUUCUCUUAGUGGGGAAAAACUCAAUGAGGUGAAUGAAUGGUUACAUUCAACUUUGGAAACUGUGAUGAAUCGUGUAGAGGUUCCUGCUAGAGUGAAUCAGUGUUACAUUCCGGUUUUGAAGUUGCCAGUUUCAGGAGGUUGCUCUAGUAUGAAUCAGGUAAUGAAGCAAGUUGAAGUAACAACUAACAAGGGAAGGGAGAAUAUGAGUUUCGAAUGUUGUUCGUGUUAUAUUCUUGUAUACGAAAUUGCAGUCGAUGCCAUUUCCAUUUCCUUCACUGCGCCUCUCGUUAAUCCUCCCAUUCACGAUAAGAACACCGUCGAUGAUGCUGCCCCGUUUCCGCCUAAAUUUUCUUCGUAUUACGAGAUGAAGUCGCUGAAGGCUGUAGAACCGGACGCCGACAAGGCGAUGGGCAGAGCAGAGGCAUCCAGAAGCUUGGAGCCUUGUGUUAUCAUCUUUACUUCACGUCUUCACAAUCGACAGACUAGGCAAAGCAAGAGUUGGUUCCAAAUUGAUUAAACCUUGGUCUCACUUUGUUUGGACAUUGGGCUAACUUUGUUUGGCCUAUUUAUAAAAUGAUUAAACCUUCUAAGUUUUUUCUAAUUUGGACUUUUUCUUUUGACUUAGGAACUUAAGGGUAACCCAAUUAUUUUUCAAUGGUUGCAUCCAUACAUUAAUUUUUUUUUUAUAUUUUUAACACUAUUCGGGAAAAUUUGAGAGGUAACACGGACUAUCUAGACAACCAUAUAGGCUGCUCCUACCUCUAGCUCAAUUUGCAAUUGUGAGGAACCAACCAAAUAAAAUUUAUAUAAGCAGUUGUUUGGAAAUGUAAAUGUGACUUUUAAAGAUAAAUCUAGUAUUUGCAUCCAUACAAUCAACAACUCCAC